CUGAGUUGCAGCCGUGUGAUUGGCUGAUUAGCUAUUUGUGUUAACAAGCAACUGAAUGGUGUACCUAAUAAAGUGGCCAGUGAGUGUGUAAACGGGCAAAAAGAGACCAUGGAUGGGCUGCUGUGAACAUUACAUGUGCACAUUUGUUGGUACAAGAUUUUUGUCUUUUGCUAAAGAAGUGCAGCAGUUGUCUAGAACACAGGUUCCCAGUCCUGGCCCCGCUCCGAAGUGCCCCCCGCUCCGAAGUGCCCCCCGCUCCGAAGUGCCCCCUGCUCCGAAGUGCCCCCGCUCCAAAGUGCCCCCCGCUCCGAAGUCCAGCACAUUUUCAUGUGUUUUCGUGAUCUAACAUAUUCACUUUAAAAGAACAAGGACUGGCUAGUUGAAUUGGCUUAUGUGCGGUGUCUUUGGGCUUGAACACCGUCGUCUCCAGGCUUUAUUCGCUGCACUAUGUAAGACGUUUCUGUUCAGUUUUAAAGAACUAACUUUACUGAGUGAGGAGAAAAAACAUUAAAAUAUGGCGUGCCCUGAGUUUUGACUGAGCUCUCUUUAAAUGCUCCGAAGCGCAACCAGCGUUACAAAACAUCCUACAAGAUUUACGUAGUCAAGUUUCGAAUGUCCUGACCUCCCUUUUUAUUUUUAUAUACAUUACAGAGCAGCCUGUGUGAAUGCUGAUGUAUAGUGCGAACUUCAUGGCUAUUACUAAUUAAUUAAAAAGUUACUACCAGUGAAAACUGAAUAGUACGUGUUUGUAUGUCGUGUCUGUUACAGAGUGAGAAGUUCGAGAGCUCUUUAUUUAUUUAUUUAUGAGCUGGAUAACUUUCAGCCGUUUCCUACAGCAGAAAUGUUAAACUAUACAGUUCGGUGAUCCCCUGUAUCAGUGCAUUAGAUUCACAAUUGAUGUUUUAUUUUUGAUGUUUAAAUUCAUCUGAAACUAACUGAGGGGGGCACGGUGGCUCGCACUGUGGCCUCUCAGCAAGAAGGGCCUGGGUUCGGUUCCUGGCCGGGCAAACCGGGCCCUUUCUGCGUGGGGUUUGCUUGUUCUCCCAGUGUCUGCCUGGGUUUCCUCCAGGUUCUCUGGUUUCCUCCCACAGUCCAGACAUGCAGUCAGGCCAGUUGGACGUGUUAGAUUGACCUUAGGUGUGAAUGUUGGAUGUGUGUGUGGAUGUAUGUGCCUAUCUGUCUGCCCUGCCAUGGUCUGGCGACUUGUCCAGGGUGUGUCCUGCCUUCUGCCCAAUGACAGCUGGGAUAGGCUCCGGCUAACACCCCCCCACCCCCACCCCCUCCCCGGCGACCCAAAGGGACGAGCAGUUUAGAUGAUAGAUGAACGACGUCGUGCUGCAAGCCAUCUUCUGCUCCUAGCAUCCACCUUCCUGCACAGGUUAAAUCUCCACAAACGCACGAAGAGUUGCCGCCAUGAACACCCUGCUGGAUUCGGGCGAGAUUAAAUGUGAGGACAUAGCUUCCACUGGAAGCUCCAGUCCUCAGCAGACGUCUUCUGUUCCUCUCUACCUUGACACUUUUGUCGGAGAAACACAGAGGAUUACAGUCAAGGAGAGAACUCACCACUGCUUGGAGUGCGGUAAGAGUUUCACUCUGCAUAACCAUCUCCAAAGACACCAGCGCGUUCACACUGGAGAGAAGCCGUUUGACUGCCCCGAGUGCGGAAGGAGCUUCAGGGAUAAAGGCAACCUGAAGAUACACCAGCGCAUUCACACAGGAGAGAAGCCCUAUCCCUGCUCAGAGUGUGGACGGAGCUUUAGAGAGAAGGGUACCCUCAAAAAACACCAGCGCAUUCACACCGGAGAGAAACCGUAUUACUGCUCAGACUGCGGGAAGAGCUUUAAUCAGCUCAGUAGUCUCCAGACUCACCAGCGCAUUCACACGGGAGAGAAGCCCUAUGACUGCCCGGAGUGCGGCAAGAGUUUCAACGUACUGAGCCAUCUCAAAACGCAUCAGAACAUUCACACAGGAGAGAAACCCUUUCGCUGUUUAGACUGCGGGAAGAGUUUUAAUCGACAGAGUCAUCUCCAGCUGCACCAGCGCAUUCACACAGGAGAGAAACCCUAUUACUGCUCUGAGUGUGGCAAGAGCUUCAGGCAUUCGAACACGUUCAAGACACACAAAUGCAUUAACAGGGGCUCAGAACCUCCUGACACAAGUUUGUUGGAUGAAAGUGACGAUAUUUAUUAUCAGGUUGUUUUAGUUUGAUGUUGUAACGCUGUUUGAAGUUUAAAUACCUUUGCUGACAGACUCAGAUUUUUCCCUGAUUUUGCAGAAAGUUCUGCAUAAUGAAGUCCUUCACGGUGGUUUGAUGUGGAAUGCACUGCAUAGUCGGAACUGUCCACAGUGGUGGUGAUGGGAGCCAGAUGUCUGAAGCGUUUAAAGCCUGGAAAAGCUACUUUACUGACAGCUGUUGUAUUAAGAGGUUACAAAUAUGCUGCCUGAUGCUUGAGACGAUUUAGUUUUGAGAAGGCUCGGGCCUAAAAUGUAUUUAUGAGAGCCGUUUAUGGAGGACUGAAAGAAAAUGUUACAUAUUCACCUUUUCCCCCGAUAUUUUUAACACUAGGCGUGUGACCCCUGGUUCCUAUCACCACCAGUAUAAAGAAAUCGAAGUCCUCAAGGCACCGUGUCAUUUCCGACCACUCUGAAUGAGUUUGGUUACUUCUUAACAAUCGAAUUAAGAAUCAAAGAAUAGAAGAAAUCUAUAAAAGAACUGUUAUAACAAAGGCUUUUUGUUCUGUGCUUUGUAUGCCUCCAUCGUUGUGUAAUUAUUACGUAUGUAUUGAUUAUGUGAUUAGGAACUGUACAAUAUAUUUUCCAUGAAUCGGGACAUCGGUCUUUGCACUACGGACAUCGCAUGUUCCAACUAUUUGAAUGCAGUCUGAGAGUUUCUUAUACCUAGGAUCGAGCGCAGGGAGCAGCAGAGAGAAGCUGAAUCCCCUCUAACCAACACUAGUCCUUUUUUGUCAUGUUAAUUAUUUGAAGCAUCAUAAAAUGCUGUAAAUAAAUAAGUCUGAGAAGGACAA